CUCCCUGCCCUCCCCCGCUAUAAUACCGCCACGCCCUCGUCGCCAUCGUCAUCGCACCACCACUCCCUCCCCGCCCUCUCACUCCCGAUCUCUCCUCCACCACCAGCGCCUCCUCCGCCCCACCCCUCUCCUCGCCUCGCGCGGCGACCGGCGGCGGAUCGUCGGCGGCCCAGCCAUGUUCAGUGUGACGAAGAAGGCCACCACGCCCUUCGAGGGCCAGAAGCCCGGCACCUCCGGCCUGCGCAAGAAGGUUACUGUAUUCCAGCAGCCUCAUUAUCUGCAGAACUUUGUCCAAUCAACAUUCAAUGCCCUUCCUGCUGAAGAAGUUAAAGGUGCGACUAUUGUUGUCUCUGGUGAUGGCCGCUAUUUCUCAAAAGAUGCUGUUCAGAUCAUAACAAAAAUGGCUGCUGCCAAUGGAGUGAGACGUGUUUGGGUUGGACAAAACAGUCUCAUGUCUACUCCAGCUGUAUCUGCUGUCAUCCGUGAAAGAAUUGGUGAAGAUGGAUCGAAGGCUACUGGUGCCUUCAUCUUAACAGCAAGCCACAACCCAGGUGGUCCCACUGAGGACUUUGGGAUCAAAUACAACAUGGGAAAUGGUGGGCCUGCCCCUGAAUCUGUUACCGACAAGAUUUUCUCUAAUACAACGACAAUCUCUGAAUACCUUAUCUCCGAGGACCUUCCAGAUGUUGAUAUUUCUGAAAUCGGCGUCUCUAGCUUCAGUGGACCUGAAGGUCCCUUUGCUGUGGAGGUCUUUGACUCCAGUGUAGAUUACAUUAAGUUAAUGAAGUCAAUUUUUGAUUUUGAGGCAAUAAAAAAGCUGCUGACAUCUCCAAAAUUUACAUUCUGUUAUGAUGCCCUGCAUGGUGUUGCUGGAGCUUAUGCCAAACACAUCUUUGUGGAAGAGCUUGGUGCUGAUGAAAGCUCACUGUUGAAUUGUGUCCCGAAGGAGGACUUUGGAGGUGGUCAUCCGGACCCUAACCUCACCUAUGCAAAAGAGUUGGUUGAACGGAUGGGUCUUGGAAAGUCAUCCUCCAAUGUCGAGCCUCCUGAAUUUGGUGCUGCAGCUGAUGGAGAUGCUGACCGAAACAUGAUCCUGGGUAAAAGAUUCUUUGUGACACCAUCAGACUCUGUCGCCAUUAUCGCGGCCAAUGCUGUUCAGUCAAUUCCUUACUUUGCUUCCGGCCUGAAGGGAGUUGCCAGGAGCAUGCCAACAUCUGCUGCUCUUGAUGUUGUUGCGAAGAAUUUAAAUCUCAAGUUCUUUGAGGUGCCUACUGGGUGGAAAUUUUUUGGGAACUUGAUGGAUGCUGGAAUGUGCUCAAUCUGUGGUGAAGAGAGCUUUGGCACUGGGUCUGACCACAUUCGUGAGAAGGAUGGUAUUUGGGCUGUGCUUGCGUGGCUGUCUAUUCUUGCUUUCAAGAACAAGGACAACCUUGGAGGAGGAGAUAAGCUUGUCUCUGUUGAAGAUAUUGUUCGUCAGCACUGGGCCACCUAUGGGCGCCAUUAUUACACACGCUAUGACUAUGAGAACGUUGAUGCAGGGGCUGCUAAGGAGCUUAUGGCAAAUCUAGUCAGCAUGCAAUCAUCACUAUCUGAUGUUAACAAGUUGAUCAAGGAGAUCCGAUCUGAUGUUUCCGAAGUAGUUGCAGCUGACGAGUUUGAGUAUAAGGAUCCUGUUGAUGGCUCUGUGUCCAAGCACCAGGGUAUCCGAUACCUCUUUGGAGAUGGUUCACGACUGGUGUUCCGUCUCUCUGGAACCGGUUCUGUUGGUGCCACCAUCCGUGUCUACAUCGAGCAGUACGAGAAGGAUUCAUCCAAGACCGGCAGGGAAUCAUCGGAUGCCCUUGCUCCACUGGUUGAUGUUGCACUCAAGCUCUCCAAGAUGCAAGAGUACACGGGCCGCUCUGCCCCCACCGUUAUCACAUAAAUUUUUGAAGAACCUGUGUUUUAGAAUGAGUUGAGGCACUUACAAACCUUCAUUCCGGCCUCGUAUUUGAUAGUUUUUCCCCCUCUGUUGCAUCUCACCAGUGAAUAAAAUGUAUUUUUAUUGCCCAUACUGCAGACUUGCCGCUGGCACAGCAUGCGGUAAUAAAUCUUGUUACAGUGCUGUAAUUGGGAGCGUGUUUCUCCUCGUAAUGUAUCAGAUGUGUUUUGUUUGUUUGAGCAUGUCAAAAUCUUCACCCA